CCGUUUCCCAUCGCAACGUUUAUACUUCUUUCUCAAAAUACUGGAUUUAAAACGCUGAUAACAUUUCUGAUUUCUUAGCUGAUUUGAAAAAAAAAUCACCGUUUGCGUCGAGUGUGAAAUAAUAUUGUAAACAUGCCAAAGACGAGUGACACCCUGUGGGAUUUGGCUUUGGCAGAGGAGCGCUGCAGAGAGAGCAGAGAGGGUGAGGAGGAAGGAGAGGGGGGAGACCUGACAGAACUGGGGGAGAGAGCGUUGUUCUUCAUGGGAAACAAGGCUGGGGGGAAAACAACGAUUAUUCUUAGGUGUCUUGACAGGGAUGAACCGCCCAAACCAACUCUGGCUUUGGAGUACACAUUUGGAAGGAGAGCCCGUGGGCAUAACACACCAAAAGACAUUGCUCACUUUUGGGAGUUAGGUGGUGGUACCUCGCUAUCAGAUCUCAUUCAAAUUCCAAUAACAGCAGACACUGUCAGGUCUCUGUCAGUGGUUCUGGUGCUAGACCUGUCGAAAGCCAGUGUACUCUGGCUGACAAUGGAACAGCUACUACAGUCAGCCAGGAAUCACGUGGACAAGGUCAGUGCAGAGCUGCUGAAGACUGGAGACGCCAAGGACAACAGGCAUCCUAGCAAGAGAGGCCUACGAACAUUGGCCAAGGACCACCCAGAUCGAGAGUUAAUUAACCCAUUUCCAGUUCCCCUGCUUAUAAUAGGCAGCAAGUUUGAUAUUUUUCAGGACUUUGACUCAGAGAAAAGGAAGACGAUUUGCAAGAGUCUACGAUUUGUUGCUCAUUAUUAUGGAGCUUCUUUAAUCUUUACUAGCAGUAAAUCUGAAAGUCUGAUGUCAAGGACAAGAAGUUUUGUUAAUCACCUGGCAUUUGGAACAGAAAGAGGGAAAGUUGUCUCAACAGACCACAAUAAACCUCUAAUAAUCCCAGCUGGCAUGGAUUCUCUUAGUCAGAUUGGUUCUCCACCAACAACAGAUUUUGACAUUGGAACACUGCAUGCUAAAAAUCCCUUAGACCUCUGGAAGAAGGUGUACGAGAGACUCUUUCCCCCAGAGAGUACCAACAAUCCAAAAGACAUCAAAGACCCAGCAAAGGAUCCUCAAUAUGCAGAACCUGAGGUUGAUUCUAUGAGAGCACAAAAAGACCAGGAGUUGGAACAGUACAAGAAAAAUGCUUCACAGUCCUGGAGAGGACUGGAGCUGGAUUCUCGAAGGAGUUAAAAUUCCCCCUUCUCAACAAAAUAAUGGAGCACAGCAAAACAAAUGAAUGUCUGUUACUUUGUCAGUGAAGAGCUAAAAUAUUUGACUAAAUACAAACAAGAAUCAAUGUCGGAGGACAAAGAAAUAGACUCGAUUUUUGUAUUUUAACUGCAGUAAAUAUAUCUUAGUUGUAUCACAGUGCAAAUGUUGUAGAUAGUUUAUUUAAAGCUGAAAGUCCUGAAAUCACUGUCAGUAUUUAGUGUUAUUAUUAUACCUCUGUUCUAUUUCUAUUUUCCAGUUAAGGACAGGUUAUUCUAAACCUAGGACAUUUUGAAAUUUGAGGUGGGGUUUGUGUGGAGUAUGGGAAUGGUUGUUUUAUGUAUUUUAUUGUUUGGGAAAACUUUUUUUUUUCUACAAAAAUACACGAAAAGUUCGUUUAAAAUAAAAUAUUUCCUUUGAUUUUGUAGACCUUUUGCCAGAUUAUAAAUCUGUUGGAUAUAUUGGACAGUUUUGGCCUUCUCACAUCAGUAUAAUCAGUAUAAUCAGUAUAACUUUCAAUUAAAAAUAUAAAAAAAUAAUUGCCAGAAAAUUUAGCAUAUUCUUAUAAUUUUACAAAACAAAGUCAGGCAU